ACUCUCUGCGCUGGAAGGGCGGCGCUGCUCGCCAUCUCCAGCGAGAAGGACAACUCCACCAUGGAACUGCUGAGCGCCCACAACUUCGAUACCGAUGCUAACUCCCAAGGCAAGUCUCAGUCGAAAUGGCAAGAAUUGGUGCGGUGGAGCCUGCAGGAUCCUACUCGGAGGGCAUUUCUUGCGGCGGGGGGCUACAGUGCCAACUCUUGCCCGACGCGCAGCUACGUGGACCUUGCCAAUGAGGUCCCCCGUCCUGGCGCCGCCCCAGACGCGGCUACGGCGGCAACUGUGGACAUAAGUUUCUCUGGCAUACCUGCGCGCUACCUUCUUGAUGUAGAGUUGCUGGCCGAGGUGGGCGUGGAUGCUGCGGCCAUCUCCGACCCCAGGCUCAUCGCGCUUCGAGCUAUCUCCCGAUGUAUCUGGCGCAACGACGUCUACGCGGCCCAGAAGUUGAAGGCCGCCACCGUCGAUGGCGCGCGCUUCAUUGACAUCGUGAGUGGCGUCGUGGAGCUCCGCGAGAGAGACGAGCUCGCUCUCAUCAUACGCGUCGCCAACUACGAGUGCGCGCAGAUGGAG